AGUAGUUCAAUGAAAAAGUGAAUGUUUGUGGAAGCUCUGUGGGCGUACAGCAUCAAUAGAAAGAACUUUGGUGAACAGAGUGACAUUCAAGGGAAAAGAGAGUAGAAGAAGAAACUGGAAAACACUCACUAGAAAAGAGGAAGAAGCAAGUACUCAACAGAUCAGACAGGCGUAUUGGAAGGAGAAUACAUAUCAAAGAAAUCCAUAAAAGUGUAAAGACUAUAAAACCCAGGGUGCUAUAUCAACAAGAAACUUCCUUGUGAGAGACUCUAAGCUGGCCAAAAACCCCUAGUAAGGCAGCCAAGAUGGACAUGGACAGCGGCAUUCCCUCCUUGGAUACCCUGCCCCUCAUGGACGAGGAUGACAUGAUGGAGGCUAUAAGAAUGCUGUCCAUAAAGAGAGACCAGUUACUCAACAAAAUAGAGACCAAGAGCAUGGAAGCCGAUGCGUGGAUUCAGAUCCUCAACUGCUCUACAGUCUCGGAACUGGAGAGCCUUGCCGAGUCACUGCCGUACACUGUUCAAGCCACACCCGAAGAACACAGACUGCUUCAAGAGUACGAGAAGCAUACUACCGAGGCUCAGGCUGCUCUCUUCUUGGAUGGAGUGGUGGCUCAUGAGCUCGAUGAUGGAAUAAUUAUUGUUAUAUUCACGCCACCGCCUGGGAGGAAAUACCCCACGACACUGAAACUUUCGCUCACUCCCAAAGAGAACAAGACAUACAGUGUCUGCCAUCACAGUCUGCCUAAAAGCAUCCCUGUUCAACAGCUUGCUUCCAAGUUUUUGGGAGAUCGAAUAGGAGAAGAUGGUAAAGAUGGUGUCCGAAAGUUUGUCACUGCUCUGUCCCAGUACACGAGAGCCUUUUUCAUAAGAUAUAAUCACGUCUCUAUAUUAGAGGAAGCAAAAAUGUUUGAUUCACGCAUUCACACCAACAGUGAUUGUACAUUAGUGUCGCUGUUGAUUGAAGUAGUUGCGGAGGCUGAAGCUGGGAUGUCCCGGUUUGAAUUUGUGCUGGAGUAUGAGCUCUUGGAGAUCUUCCCUCAUGAGGUCAAAGUCAGGUUUGUUGAUGGUGUCGAGACAGGAAAGGAAAUAAAAGAUCAACUUCAAGAAGCGAGCAUAGAUAUGAAGACCAGGCCCUUCCCUGACGUCAUCUGUUCAAUGUUUGUUGAACCAGAGUCAUCGGAUAGCCGAGAAGAGGAGGCUAGUGACAGCUCUAGCAGCACAGUCCUCUUUGACUUUAAAUAAAGAAUUGGGUAUGAGAAUUGCCUGAAGCAAUGUGGACUGCUUAGGAAGUGGA